AUGUGGAACAAUCAAGAUUUCAGUCAGUCUGGGUUUGGUGGAGGCGGAGGUUUUGGCACACCAGGGGCUGAUGACAGAAAGCAGAAAGGUGUUAGACGCAGCAACAUUGUGCCAGUCACUGUUGCACAGGUGCUUACAGCCAAGCAUGAUGGGGAUGUUUUUGUAUCAGGAAAUGUUGAAUUAUCUCAGGUGACCCUUGUUGGUCUUAUUGUGGGUGUCAACGAGACACCAACACGAAUCGACUAUUUGGUUGAUGAUAUGACAGGCCCGCCAUUGGAUGUUAAACAGUUCAAUAAUGCUAAUGAUGAAAAUGAGCAAGCACAGAAUGUUGCUUCGUUUGCAUUGCCAGUUAACACUUAUGUGAGAGUCUACGGCAACGUCAGAGCUUUUGGUGGCAAGCGAUCGGUCAACGCCCACAAAAUAACACCGCUUACUGAUAUGAAUGAGCUGUCAGGUCAUAUACUGGAGGUCAUUUAUGCAAAUGCUCAGCAGCAGGGUUCCACGCCAGCCGCUUUCAGUGGAGGUGACAAGAAAGGUGUGGUUGCUAUGGAGACUGGAAAUCAAAUCCCAGGACUCACACCCCUGCAGUCUCAGAUUCAGAUGAUAAUUAGAAGUGAUCGUUCCGAAGGAGGCUGCAGCUUUGACGACAUAUGUAAACAAUUAAGGACAGCUGCGCCGAAGGCAAUCAGGGAUGCAUUAGAAUUCUUAAGCACUGAGGGACACAUUUACUCCACAAUAGACGAGGAACACUUCCAAGCAACCGAUAUUUAA